AUGACUACCACAGCAAUUGCAGCCGUCACAACUAACUUGCGGAGGGAAUAUCCCGCCAAGUUCAUUUCGUUUCUCGAUCGAACUCGAACCGGUCACGAUUGCUUCAGAAGAGGGCCUGUGACUCCUCACCAACAGCAACAGAGAACCCAUGAAACAGAGUCGGUGAAGGAAAAGCAAGGUUUGGUUCCUAGAGUUUACUGUCCGAAGCCGAUUCAGAGAUUGCCUCCUCUUCCUCACAAUCACCAAGUGAAAAACGGAUCUAUUGAUCGAAAGGAGUUAGCGACGACGAUCAAUUUCGCGGCGGUGACAUCGCCGCUGAUUUCGUUCAUGUCAUUUUUUACGGGAGACACUGACAGCCUGCAGCAUUCGAUGUCGUCGGCGUUUCAGAUUACGAACCCGUUAUCGGCUGGUCGGUCGCCGCUUUCCAAGAGGAAGUGCAGUUCGAUGGAGGGGUCCCAAUCACUGCUGUUUUCGAAUUCAUAUGAUUCUGGAAACAUUCGUGUGUGUACUACGCUUCGUGUGUGUGUAUUCGAUUUCAAGAAACUCUACUUUAGAAGGGCGUCACAGAAGUCGAUUCCUCUAUCUAUCGUCCUAUUUCCAGUUCGGUUCCCAAACAAAUAUAAAACCCUUGCAAACAAACACUCCUUUCCAUACCGCAGGCUAAAUAGCCAAAAAACCAAAAAGCCAACCCAUUUCCCAAACAAAGGGAGUGAAGCUUUCACAUUUUGCUUUAGCUUCAACAGUUAUUCUUUCGAUAAAUUUGCAGAAAUUACCAAUAAAGUCACCAAAGAGUGUAUCAGAGACGACGACGAUGCGAGACCUGUCUCGAACGAACUCGACGACGACGACGAUGACGAUGAUGAUUUCGAAUUCUUUUUGGUACGUUGUAAUUCUGAUGUGACAGUGUGA